GCGUGGGCCGGCUGCCUGUCCCGGCUCCAGGUGCUGGCGGCCGCCUUGGCCGCCUGCUGUGGGCUGGGGGCCGCCUCCCUCGCCCGGUGCCGGCCGGCCCGCCGCCUCCGCCACUACCUCGCCAAGGUGCUCAUGGCCCUGGCCGGGCCCCUGGUGUUCCGCAUCGGGUACAGCCUGUACGCCCGCACCAAGCUGGGCUACCUCUUCUACAAGCGGCAGAUGAAGAAAGCCCGGGAGCGGUAUCCACAUGGCCACUCGAUCCCCCAGCCCGUGAUGUUCAACGGGGUAAAGAUCCUGCCGAUCCCUGUGUUAUCCAACAACUACAGCUACCUGGUCAUCGACACCCACUCCAGCACUGCUGCCGCCAUCGACCCCUCAGACCCGCUGGCCGUGCAGGUGAGAACUCCUCCCCUGCCCCGGCGGGGGCGCUCUCCCGCCCCACGGGGACCAGCGCCCCGCCCUCCGGCGCGUGAAAUUGACCGGGGGAUCGAUCCACUGAGACGCGCGGGGGUCUCUGACGCUGAGGGGUGGGGAGAUGGGACCCGCCCCCUUUCACCAUCCCAUAGCCGCGGUGCCACUCUGGGGGAUCACAGCGGGGGGAACAUGGCGCUGAGACGGCGUUACGGCUCCUGCAGGGUGUACGGCAGUGCCUGUGAUGCCAUCCCUGAGCUCACCAACCCCCUCUCGGAUAAGGAGACCGUCACCGUGGGACAGCUGUGCUUCAAGGCUCUCUUCACCCCGGGGCACACCGUGGGGCACAUGGUCUACCUGCUGGACGGGAAGCCCUUCGAGGGGCCGGCCUGCCUCUUCUCUGGAGACCUCCUCUUCCUCUCAGGCUGCGGGCGGAUAUUCGAGGGGACGCCGGAAACCAUGCUGGCCUCGCUGGACACCGCUGCGGACCUGGCAGAGGACACGCUGCUCUGGCCAGGACACGAGUAUGCCCUGGACUGCCUGACGUUUGCCAGCCUGCUGGAGCUGGAGAACCCCGUGCUGGAGCAGAAGCUGCAGUGGGCGAAUCAGCAGCGGCUGGAGAAGAGGAGCACGUGCCCCUCCACCAUCGGCGAGGAGAAGGAAUACAAUCCGUUCCUGCGGACCCACUGCUGGGAGCUGCACCGGGCCCUGGGGCUGCAGCGGCUGAGAGGCGAGGACUGGGACAGCUUCCGGGCGCGGGUGUUGAAGGAGGUGCGGCACCGAAAGGACCUCUACAAAGCCAACUAGCCCCCUGGCCGGGCGGCGGGAGGGCUCUGCCCCGUGAGCAGCCUCCCAAAGGAGGGGGACCGUCCCUGUUGGGGGGAGUGUCUGGCUGGGAAAGGGUCUCACCCCCUCAUGGCGAUGGGGCGGAUCAGGGAGCCGGAAACACCUCCGCCUCAUCCCUGUGGAUAAAGACAGGUUCAGCUGGCAUCCCCCCUUCCCCCCCACUCCGCCCUGCUGGCUCAAGAGGGCUCGUCUCCGGACAAAGUGGAUCCUUGCCGGUGGAAAGAAGGGGGGGGGGGUAAAAUCCAGGAUGACACCCCCCCCCAAACCCACCCCCAGGAGGCGUCUGAAUCCACAUGGUGCCAGUUUGCUGCUGACCUUUGAUUGCCGCUGGCUGCUGGGGAUGAAUUCCCCCAAGAUAGGGGGCAGGGAGGGGGGCGUUGGCGAGGGUGCCUGGCAAAGCUUUUCCAGGGAGCAGGGCUGUGACCUUGUUUCUCUGGGGGACUGGACUUUGGCUGGUGGAAGCGCAGGCCCGGUGCGGCUCGGGGGUUAGCCCGUGAAGCGCACAUUGUUUCUACACUACAGGCCCGCAGAUCCCAUUACACAAUGCCCGGUCCUGAGCCCAGCUGGGCGCCUGGCGUGUGGGGAGCGGUGCUGCCGAGGUGGCAUCGGGGACAGCGCCGCGACUGGUCUGUCGGUUCUUUCCUCUGCGUCCUGCCCCAGCCGGCCCGUUUGUGGGGCACCGCUGACUCCUCUGUGAGCACACGCCCACCCCCCGCCCGCUGGCUGGGAGAGACCAGGACGAACCACCACAAAAGCACCAGCUGGGGGCGCCACUGCACGGAACCCAGCUCUGAUAGUGGACGGGAAAACCCCCCUGGCGCUGAACGUUCCUGGCGGCCGCCUCCCCCCUGCGGCACGGGGACGGGCGCAGCUGCGCUGGCAGGGAUCAAGGAUGAAGCUGUGCUGUUGGCCGGCCUGCCUCCCUGGCUGGCUGGUGGCUUCCCGUCAGGUCUCUGCGUUAACUUUGGUGAUUGUUCCCUGAUUGAAGCAAGACCUGCUCCAUGCAACUGGGAGCAGGGUGUGUGUGUGUGUGUGUGUUUGUUUGGGGGGUUACGUCCUAAAGGAUUUUCAGGUCUCCACUCCAAGCACAAGGAUCCUAUGAGUUUAUAGGGCAGGUCUCCAGCCUGGUGAUGGUUCUACAUCCGCCCCCUUUGCUCUGGAGGUCGUUGGGGGCUGGGAGAAACAGACCCAGCCUGCUUUCUCCCCCUGACCGCGCCUGUUUGCCCUUCUCGGCAGACGAGAACGCAGGGGUGUCCCGCCCCAUUGGAAGGCAGCGAAUUUUCACCCCCCCAUGCAGAAACCUGUAACCUGUGAAAUUCACUGCUGGGAGAUCGACGUGAAAUCAAGCGCUUAGCAGGAUGGAUAGCCAAGGGUCAGCCGUUCCUAGGGCUGAGAACAGCCACAAUUACACGGGGUAGGGUACAAAAGAAGGGGCACAACACCGGGUAUCUCAGGCCCUGAGUCAACCUCAAGCGUCCGGUGUUAGGGGAAACUUCCUCCAAGUGCACGUUGGCCCCAAACUGUCCACUGCGGGGUCCUUCCAUCUUCUGAAGCAGCUGGUCCCGGGUACUGUUAGAGACAGGAGGAUACCGGGCUUGGGCAACCAGAGCAGAAACUAGUUUGGACGCACUGUUGAGAUGAAAUCUUGGGCCCGUUGGGAGUCUGUUACCAUUGGCUUCAGUGGGGCCAGGCCUCUUUGGUCCCCUUGUUUAUAAUGGACCCCAAAAAGGGAUCCGUCUAGUAAACCAAACUUCUUCAGAGGGGAAGGGCCAGAAAAGAACCAAGGGAAUCUAACCCGUGAUGUUCUCAUCCGUAUAAAUGUCUGACCCUGUAUUGAAUCCUGUGAAGCUCUUGCUCUCGAUGCUGUCUUGUGGCCAUGAGUUCCACCGGCUACAGAGAGCAAAGGAAAUACUCUUUCGCACAAUGCACCGGGUUACAUUUGCUGCCCUUCACUUUCAGUGAACGCUGUGUAUAACAGGAUGCACAAGGUUUUUGUAUUAGGAGAGAGCAGAGGAUGUUCAACAAAUGGGGUGGGGUGUAUUCACCCAUCAUCCAGGGAACAAAGAGCACCCCCCCCCCCCGUUCAGCAUUUGGAUAGACAGGCCUGAGGCCUAGUUAUAAACAGCUUUGUCCCCAGGGAGGCUGCUGUGGGGGGAUAAAUGUUUGCAGACCCAUACUUUUAAGUGUGCAGGGCAUGAUGGAGGCUGGUUAAUUGCAGGGGGUGUUUCUGUGGAGAGGGGCUGGAAAAGAGGAGUAUAAGGUGAAUUUAGUGGGUUACACUGACGUCGUUACUUUGCAAAGGUGUGUGUGUGUGUGUGUGUGUGUGUGUGUGUGUGUGUGUGUGUGUGUGAGUGUGAAAUCUGUGCAGCCACAGAAUUGUGACACUGGCGUGUGCGUGAUACACAAUCCCUGGGAGAUGCGACUGCCCCCUGGGUGGGGCCGGGGAUGCUGCAAGAGCCUUGUCCUGAACAUAGAAGGGGUCCUGGGUCUCUGUCCCGCUGCUGCAGUCUCAGACCUCCCCUUCGGCCAUUCUGUCUAGCCAAGCAAAGGUGCUGUUAAGGCCCAUAUGGGAAUGAAACAGCUGGGCUGGAUGGGAGUGGGGCAUUCCCAGCCUCUGCUCUGCGCUACAGGGAAGGCCACAUCUCAAGCAGCUCUGGGUUUGAGGAGGAGCUGGCUAAGUGGCAGCCCAGCCUCAGAUCGGAAGGCCCUAGAUACGCUCCACCGCACGGUAGGGGCUGGAGAGGCAACGCCAGCGGGUGAGGGGACAGGACGUUUGGGGGCUUGGAGGUUCUUGUUAAUGUCAAAUGUUACCAAUAGCUCACUUUACCUGUCUGCGACAGGGGCGGCAGCUGAAUCAGGUGAGUAGAGGACAGAGAGCCAGGACUCCUGGGUUCUAUUCCUGGCUCUGGGAGGGGAGUGGGGUCUAGUGGUUGGAGG